AUGAAAGCAGUUCCAGCAGAUUUCCAAAGUCCACGCCCAAGUUUGAAUGUGUUUAAGUUUGCUGAUUUAGAAAAGGCUACAAGACUGUUUAGUCUAGAACGUCCAAGCCCAAGUCUGAAUGUGUUUAAGUUUGCUGAUUUAGAAAAGGCUACAAGAAUGUUUAGUCUAGAUUUGCUCUUGGGCGAGGGAGGAUUUGGAAAGACAGAGGUGAACUUCUUAGGGCAUAUGGAUCAUCCGAAUAUCAUUAGACUCCUUGGAUACUGCAACGAAGAACAUGAGCACUUGCUUGUUUACGAAUACAUGCCGAACAAAAGUUUUGAACACUGUUUAUUCACAGAUACUAGUAAAGGACUUUCAUGGGAAACGCGACUUUUGAUAAUGAUAGGAGUUGUCCGUGGACUGACGUAUUUGCAUUCAAUGAAACUCGUGUGCCGUGGUCUGAAAACCGGUGACAUAUUACUGGAUGAAGAUUUUAAUGCAAAACUAAGGGAUUUUGGGUUGGUGAAAUAUGGCCCUGAACCUGGGGAAACACAUGUUACUACAAUGGUUAUGAGAACAUAUGGUUAUGCAGCUCCAGAAAAAUUCGGAUCACCACCAUCUUUUCUCCGGUCACCACCUUCACUUCUCCGGUCACCACCUGAAAAACCGUAUGUUGGUGAAAAAUGUUAG